ACCCAAAAACUGCCUCCUCAACACCAGUAACUGCCUUCAUAUACACUUAUCGUUAAAAUGGUUAAUUAUUGGUGUUUUUUUGGCAAUAGCAAUGGCUCAGAAACCGGUAAAUACGAGGCUCUGAGUACGAUAAUCUGGUAACGUUGGUGUAAACAAGAAAACGUUCACGGCGAGGCAGGAAGGAUCGACCGAGGCAGAAGAAGGGCUCCAUGGCCUAACCAGAAGCAGAUAUAAGUGUGGCUGAGUGUUGCUGUGGUCUCUAAUAAACGACUGGCCUCCGUGCUAUCUUUGUUGAGGCAGAAGUCAGCACAGACGUCACCAUGGGGGGAGGAGAUCUUAACUUGAAAAAAUCAUGGCAUCCCAGUACCAUGAAAAACCAAGAACGUGUGUGGAAGGCAGAACAACAAAAGGCGGAGGAAGAUCGUAAGAUGGCUGAGCUGCAGAGAGAACUAAAUGAGGAGAGGGAGAGAGAAGUGCUUAGGAGGACAGCAGAGGAUUCGGGGGCUAUCUCAAAGAGAGGAGAAGAGAAGCUUGAUUGGAUGUAUAAAGGCCCGGGUGGACAUGUAAGUCGUGAGGAGUACUUACUGGGCCGCAAGAUUGACAAAGCCUUGGAGCAAUUGGAGCAUGCUGAGGCUGCAGAAGCAGCACAGGAAGGGGAGCAGCCACCUCCUCAGCAGAAUAAAUCAUCAUACACCAUUGAACAUGAAAUUAACCCAGAGUCAGUGAUUCGACGUGAUCCAAGUGAUCUUCAAGUAGACAUGCAUAGAAAGCUCAUGGAAGAUCCUCUUCUUCUCAUUCGUAAGCAGGAAGAGGAAACCAAAAGACAAAUCACCAACAAUCCAGUCAAGAUGAAACAGUUACAGCAGCUGAUAGCAACAAUAAAAUCAAAGAAAAAGAAGAAAUCAUCCAAGCGCAGUGAAUCCUCCGACUCAAGCUCAAGUUCAAGUUCUGACUCUGAGGAAGAAAUUAAAAAGAGGAUGAAAAAGAAAAAGAAGAACAAGAAGAAACACAAGAGAAAGCAUUCCACAAGCAGCAGUUCAUCUGACGAGACAGACUCCAGCUCAAGCUCUGAGUCUGAUAAGAGGAAGAAAGCCAAGAAGAAAAAGAAGGCUAAAUCCAAGAAGAAAAAAGAGAAAAAGGAAGCAGCCAAAAGGAAGAAGAAAAAGUCAAAGAAGAAGGAUAGUGAUGAUGACAGUGAAGAUGAAGAUAUUACUGGAAAGAAAGAGCUUUGGGAAGAGAAGGAAAUUAAGGGAGAAAACAGUUCUAGUAGGAAAGACAUGCAGAAUAGAGAAGAAAGAAGAAAUGAGAACACUGGUACACAAGCACACCUGAAUGCAGAUUCUUCAGAGAAAAAGACACGUGAAAAAAGUUCGGAAAGAAACAGAGGGAGAGUGGGGAGGGAGAGAGAGAGGACAAGUAGGGAACAUGAUAGAGAAAGGGAACAGAGAAGAGGGGAUAUUAGAGGAUAUAGUGGUGAGAGGCAUGUGAAUCAGUUCUGGAGGACAGGUAGAAAUAGAAGUAGAGGGAGGGGAAGAAACAGAAGCAGGAGUAGGAGCAAAGGGAGGAAUAGAAGUAGAAGCAGAGGCAGAAAUAGAAGUAGGAGUAGAAGCAGAGGCAGAAAUAGAAGUAGGAGUAGAAGCAGAGGCAGAAAUAGAAGCAGGAGCAGGAGUAGAGGUAGAAAUAAGAGAAGUAGAAGUAGGGGUCAAAAGAGAAGCAGAAGUAAAGAGAGAAACAAAAGCAGGAGUAGCAGCAGGGGUAGAAAUAGGGGUAGGAGCGGGGGCAAAAACAAUAGUAGGAGCAGAAGCCAGAGUAAAGAAUAUAACCGUCAAGGGGAAGGAACGGCCCGAAAGAAGCUUACCGAGAAGGAGAUGGAGCAGUUACGUGAACAGAUGAUGGCAGCAGCAAAGAAAAGAGAUGAAGAAAGGAGAGAAAAUGUAAAGAGAUAUAAUGAAGAAAAGAGAAAAGAGGAAGAAGAAAUGAAAGAGUCAGUUGAAGAUUUUGUAAGGAAUAACCUGGCAAGUGCUUCUCAGGGGAGCAUCGAGGAGAGGGUCAAGUCCCGCAUCAGCUCAUCCCAGCGAGGGGCGGCACACAUGGACUCCAACUUCAUGAGGAAGUAACUGUGACGUCAGAGUCCAAAGAGCACUUGCAAACACUUUGUGUCUGUUUGCAUGAAUUCCAGAAGUAACAGUUGCCAUCUUGUUGUGAGGAUGCAUUACCCACAGGUGUUCUGUGUGGACUUGGUAAUAGUUAACAUACUUAGUAAGGACAUUUAGAAUUUAGUGUGGCUAAAAAUAAAAAUUCAGCAUAGUUUAACUUUGAAAAAUUGGAUUUUUCAUGAUCAGAAUAAAUAUUUUACAAAGUG